AUGAUUACUUCCAUUAAUGUUAUCCACGAAUUACUAACGACAAUUUAUUGCCGCAUUUUUUCAAGAAAGAGAAAGGACAUAUAUAAAUAUGAUGUACUGUUAUAUUUACAAGACUAUUAUUAUUUUGAUGUAAUAAAAAGAGUGAGUGAUGAUAUAAAAGAACUGGAUGAUGAUUCUAUAACAAUUGAAAUCAAUAGUAAUGAAUAUGAAGUUAUAUUGAAUGGAGAUAAGAGUUCCUCUUUUUUUAAUCAUACUUUUGAAAAUUUUUGUAUACAUAGAGGAUAUGAUAUAAUAAAGGAUAAAACAUAUUCAAAUGAAUAUGAGAAACGAAUUGAUUUUCUUCAUGAACUUCUUUGUGAUUUAUUAUGUUUAUUAUUAAAUGAAAAUAAUGAAAAAAAAGGAAAAGAAAAAGAAAAAGAGGAAAAGAAGAACAACAUGAACAAAAAUAUGAAUUAUAAUAAAGAAAGAGUAAUUAACAAAAUGUAUCAUAACAAUAAUCAUUUAUUUAAAAAAUUUUGGGAAAAUAUUCAAGACAUUUUAAAAGAAAUAAAUAUAUUAAAUGAAAAUAAAUAUGUAGAAGAUAUUAAUGAAGAAAAUAUAAAAGAUAUAUUAUAUAUUCAAAAAGAGAAAUUAAUAAAAAAUGAAGAUAUAAUAAUUAAAAAAAAUGUAGAUAUAAAUAAAAUAACAUUAUUAAAUAAUUUAAUUGAAAAAUAUAAUAAUGAAUAUAAAUACAGAUUUUAUUAUAUUUUCUUAAAUAAUUAUCUAACUAUUCAAACAAUGUUUACAUCGAAUAUGAUAUAUUUAUAUUCAUAUGAAAUACAAAAUAUUAUACACAAAAUUAUAAAAAUGAAAAUAAAUUUAUAUCAACCAUUAACCAUAUAUGAUGUCUUAGCUUUUCAAUAUGAUCAAAUUAUGUUUCAUAAAAGUUCUUAUAUGAAUUUAAUAUCUCCUGUAAAAAAAAUUAAAAUAUUAAAUAAUAUUGUAGAAAGAGGAGGAGACCCAGAUGAAUUCUCGAAAAAGGUCAUAAUCAAAGAUGUUAUUAAUGCAAAUAUUUCCUUAAAAGCAAAAUUUAAUAAAGCUAGAACACAAAAUGAUAAUAAUUGGGGAAAUAAUAAAUAUAAAGUUAGAAAUUAUUACGACAACAAUAGAAGGUGA